CCGCAUGUCAUGAGCCAACAAGCUUCCAAAAUGUCAACUCACGGCGAGUCCGAAGAGUUAGAAAAGCUUAGUAAAAUCGCGGGAUCGCGUCGUGUUCAACAUUCGGAUUUAUCGCGUUUAGAGCUCUUGAUACGUCCUGCGACUCAGGAAAUUUUCGGGAAUGUGAAAUUGGAACAACUCUACGAGACUUCCUGCCUCUCAGUGGUCCAAUACAACGAGAGACGUGACGUCAUUUCGGGGAUAUGCCUCUGCAAUUACCCCAAUAUACCGUCCGUGUCGUCGGACGAUUGGUUGACCUGGUUAAAAACAAUUUACGGGAUUCCCACUGCCACGGAACGGAACACAAUGUUCGUACACUUACUCGUAUGGGAUGAGCUCUACUCGAACGAGUUUCUUGGGGAGCUAUUGGCUGCGGUGUUCGACAGCUCUACUGAUUGCCAAUACGUGGUUCUCGUAAUUCCACCCCGAGUUGAACCAGUGCAUUUGAGCGUGUUCGAGCGAGAGAUGACUAAAGUCUUGGCCAAAACUGCCGGGCGAGAUGUCGCGCUGCAAUUUCUCUAUCUGACUAAUGAAUAUCGAUUACGUCCAAAGUUGAAAAUACGAAAAGUCGUAGAGGAGGAUCACGAUGAUGUGAUUGCGAUUAUGGACGAUAAGGAACAUGCGCAUCUAAAGGAACUUUAUGGAGAGUAUUGGAUUAGUGAGAUAGUUCGUCAUCCGAGCAGUCGUCAAUUGAUCAUCGGAGAGAAUACCAACGGCUCGGCAUUGGGUGUUAUGUGUCUCAAUACUACGAUCGACAUCGAUCUGCUUAACGAGAAUUUUGAAUUAAUGCCGUACAAUGGUUUAAAAAAAUCGCGGGAAAAUGAUCGUACUGUUGAACAUAAUGAGACGAUGCAAUCUCAAUUCGUUCACCAUGUUUUCCCGACGCCGGACGAUGAAAUAAAUGCCUUCGUUUUGGAGAUAUUUGCGACGCGCGGUGAAAUGAGGCCUCACUGGUCCCACGAUUUCUUGGAGGCUGCUUUCGAUUGCUUCCCGCAUUUAGAGUACUGCGCGACUCUUCUUCCUUUCUCACAUCCGUGCCAUCAAUUCCUUCAACAUUUUGUGCGCGUACCGUUGAGGUGUAAUAGAGAUUUCCCUAUGACGCUGUACAUUCUGCACCGAGCGGUUGUUUGCGAGGAGAUGACGUGCCGUCGUGCCCGAACACAAGAUCGUGAAGCUAUAGAGAGACUCUUGUUCACUACAUCGACAAAAUACGAGGUCUUGGCUGAUUUUGAUUUCGCCAUGGAUCCUUUACAGGCUGUACAGCGUGAUUGUUUCGUCUUUGAAAGUAACGAUACGAUGCUGGGGCUCGCUAUAUUGUGCGCCGAGAGGGAGGUAAAUUUCGUCACGAAACAUUACCAUAUAGGGGAUUACGUGUCUGUGCAGAGUAUUCCUCAAAAUGAUUACGGACGUCUCUUGCAUUUUGUUCUUAUGCCAAUUUUUUCCGUUCACCAUCGCUUCUUCUUCCGCGAGAUCGCACGUUUAAGCAAGUUAACGGUAAUCUUUUAUCGGCUUCAUCACAAAGAUGAGACUGUAUUGAUAUAUCCUUUGGUAUCCUGUUUGAACGAUAUGAUUCCGGUUAAUCCUCGUAGACAAGCUGAAUAUGAAUUUCCGAUUAUUCAGGAAAACUUCAAUAGCUCUGAAAAUAAUACAAAAUGUGAAAGAAAUGAUGUCGCGAACGAUGAAUUUUCUCUAUUUAUGACGUCACCGAGACUAGCCAUGAUGCCACGUACAAUUAUCGAUACGAGGAUCGUUGUCGUUGGAGCAUCGGACUGCGGAAUUGCUUUCGCGGAGUAUCUGGCUUUACGAUUAACGCAGCGUUAUAGGCAAUUGACAAAUCUUACGUUAAUAUCACCACAUGGUAUACCAUUUGAUAACGAAUUUGAUAACAAAUCGAGUCGUUCGGACUGUUGCGAGUACUUGCUUCCAUUCAGAGGAAGAUUUCACUCGGGAUAUCGUCGCUAUGUAGUCGCACGGACAUGGCUUAACAUCAUCUACGGAACUAUGGUAGCGAUCAACAGAAGCGAGAAAUAUGUGACUGUGACGAAUCAAGAAAAUUUCCCGUACGAUUAUUUGGUUUUAACGUGUGGCUUACAGUAUCAGAACUCGACGUUAUGGGAGAAAAGAAAAAUGGAAAAGCAAGAAAGAAACGAGGUACAAGACCAAACGCCAUGGAAUUGUCUGACCGUAAACAACGAUAAGGAAGCUUCCACUUGCCUCAGAAAGAUUCGAUGGUUAACACAGGAUUUUAAAGAAAGGAAAGCGAUAUUUCUUUACGGACGUAAUAUCGAUUGCUACUGUACACUUGGUGGUCUAAUCAAGCUCGGAGUAAAGCCUUCGUGGAUCACGUUGAUCGAGCCGAGCUCUUUCAAGUCCGACAAAACACGCGACCGAGCUUUCUUUCACGAUUACGAAGUGAACAAAGUUGUGACAAAUGCCAUUUUACAAAGUGGAGUUAAAGUUUUUUCCGAAUGGACCGUGAUCAAUUGGGAAACUCUGAUGGAAAACGAUGACGCAAAGCUCAUGAUCAAGAGUAUUACGAUUGAAAAAGAGGAAAAAAAGAAAAAGUUGACUUGCGACGUUCUUUUCAAUUUCUAUGAGAAAACGAUCGAUUCAAACGCAUUUUUAGCGUUUUGUCGAGCUGGUCUCAUUUUCGAUGGUUCAAUAGUAAUAGACUCGGAAUGUCGCACCAACGAUCCGUUUAUUUUCGCCGCUGGUACCGUGACGAAAUAUUCCCGAAAAUUUUACGCUGAUAUCUGGCAGCACAAAUAUUACAAUAGCAUGGAAGUUGGAGAGAGACUCGCUCAAAUUUUAUGGAAUGCGAUUGAGUGGGAAGUGCAAGUUCCCGAGCAAAUGUCAAAAAAGAAAGAGAAGAUCAUGCAUUUGACACCACCGACAUUCCGUGCACCCAUCGUAACCGCUUGCAUUUUGCCAGGUGAUUAUCAUUACUUGCAUGUAUGUAAACCCGGGAAAGCAACUUCGGAUAACACGACGAAGAUCAACCACAAUCAUUACGGAAAUGUAUUUGUAUCCGGUUCUUGCGAAUCUGAAAUUGGAUACUUUCGCAUCCGAUUGAAUAUGUACGACACUGUGGAAAGUGUAACCUGCGUAAGCAGAAAGACAUUUCGAGUGCAGGAUAUGAUUGUUUUAUAUGGGAAACACGAGAGCAUGUUAAACGAAUUGAAAUUCCGUUUUCGAAAUUCAGAAAUCUCAGAUUUCUACGCGUAUUUCCGCGAACCUUGGGCCGCGAUGAUUCUCCAUGAUAGAUUCGAUUGUCUGCGCGUCGAAAAUCGGGCUACUUUGCUGUCGCGAACGGACACUCAUGACAAUUCUUUGGUCGACGAUUGCAUUCACACGUUAAUCGAAUCAGAGUGGAAAACGAUAUAUGAAAAGGAUCGAAAUGACAUCGAAUCUAAAUACGCUGGCUCGGUUUAUCAUCAAGAAUUAGAGAGUAAUCUCAUGAAUUUUCUCGAGUUUUACGAGAAUGAACUACCUAUGUAUUGUACUUCGCGUAAACAACGCCAACUGUAUAUGGAUAUUGAAGAAAGUCCGUUAUAUUUUGACCAAUAAAACUUUUUGCAAAUUCUCUUGAUGAAGGGACACUUGGAAAAAGAGGGACACUCAGAAAGAAUUAACGUUUAAUUAUUUAAU